AUGCUUGUUGAGAUCAGCUGGUGCAUGCGAUUGGCAGCAUGGUACCUGGUUUUCGGUGCGGCUCAUGAGCUGAGUCACGCGUUUGCUGGGCUGAUGCUGGGCUGCUGGCCCAAGAUGAGCUGGUCCAAUCUCCUUUCCAUACUUCUGUUUCGGCAGGUGCAAGUCAAGACUUCCAGGGCCUGGCAGGAGGUCGCCAUACGACACGCUGGCUGGCUGGCGUCCGUGUUCAUCGCGGUCGCAAUGUGUACCGUCUGUGACAGCACGGUACGCUGCGCGGCUAUCCUGACAGCAGCUGAGGCUUGCUUGUCGGAUCUAUGUCGUUUGGAGAGGCGCCGGGAGCCUAGCACGGAGCUAGGUCCGCGGGAUGGCUGGUUUUGGUGUGGCAAUUUCGGAUUGAUCCUCCUCAAUGGAGCCUGGGCAGCUACACCAGAGCCAAUGAAGGACAUCUUGCAGAAGAUGGCAGAGGUCACAAUGGUACGAGGUGCCCAAAGUGGCGGUGUGCUGAGCUAUGUCAUCAACAACAACAUCUUCAGAUCAACUGGGUCCGACCAUUGGGAUCUCGUGGGUCUCCGUGCGCGGGUGGUAAACCAAAAGCGCACCUGCCUUUCGGAACUCUUGCGAACGAAGCUCGAUCGUGCGGAAAGGUGGGCUUGGUUGUGCCGUCGGAAAUUUGUUGGAUCUGGACGUCUUUAUGUCGGCCACACGCGCUUCGCCACUAGCUCGAAGUCCACAUUGGACGGAGCUCAUCCACACCAGUGGUCGACUCCACAGAUAUAUGAUGUUUACACCGGCUUUUCGGAAAACAGGAUUCAGAAGAGUAAGAAACACAUGGAGAUUUUCGUGACACACAACGGGGACUUCGACUUCUUCGAGUUCGCAGGCCCGCCGGUCUCAAAAGCAAGCUUAUUCGGGGAGCCAGAGCUGACACAGAGCCACGGUCAGAUGCACGAGCUGGCUGCAGUACAGGCUUGGCUGGAGCGAGUGACUUGGCAUGCGAAGCCGUCCGAGGUGGACUCCGCUGCCAUCGCAGGGGUUCUAGAGCUACUACGCGUGCAGGGAUGCUUCGCGCUGAGCGCACGCUACGGCUUCCUCUUCGGGCCGUGCUGGAUGGACCUAGACUGCGAGGUGCCGACGCGCAAGUGCUGUGAACAAGUCGGAGCGAUCAUGGAUGCCGUGUUGCAGAAAUAUUUGAAGAAAGGCCUGGAGUUGGACCAGCUGAACAUCAAGCGACGAUGUCUUUAUGAAGACUGCAGGACAAGCUUGGAGACUUCCGGCCUCAAGCUCCCCUUGAAAGGCCGGGAUUUGCAGCAGAUGGUCCGAUGUGCCAUAGAUGGUUUCUUCGACAACGACCUACUCCAGGCCACGCGACUUUUCAUGGCCAGAGCUCGAGGAUCCUUUGGUCUGUGCAUCACCUGUUCCGUCGACGCACACCGCCAGAUGAUUCUGGCAGCAGGUGGCCAGUCCAUGUCAGUGGCCUUCUACCCGCGAACGGGGGUAGUGCUCUACGCCUCCGAGCAGGCCGCCGUCAAAGCGGCAGUGGGUGUUUGCGCGCCACGGCCGGCAGCCCCUGCAGCCGAUGCGAAUGACGAUAGCAGGGACCUGGAGGCGGCGAGGGUAAGUCGAACGAGGUCACGCUUGAACGACGGUCCGGCAGUACGUUUGGACUUGGAUGACCUUGGAGGGGAGAUCUGCCUUCUGGAUUGGGGGCGGGGCCUACCCUCGUCUGCAAGCGGGUCCUUUGCCCCCCAACCUGUGAUGAACCACAGCAUGACAAUCACCCUGGUGCAGGACUGCUUCUCGCAGAAGAGCCUGGCUUGCCGCCUCGUGCCGAUUGAGGAGAACCCCUUGGUGCAGCAGCUGCCAAAAGCCGUGCAGGACUUGAUGCCGGAUCCCGUUGGUGCGGAUAUAACGGACAUCCCAGAUGCUGUGGCAAACAUCCAGGUGGACUUCUGGGGCGAGGGCCGCCCUACCCGUGCCACGGCCCGGGCUCUUGGCGAGGUGCUCCUGAGCCGGCUACAGAGAAAAAGCUGCGGUCAGCUUCCGGCUACAUCCGUGGACAUUCUCGUGACCGGCUGCGAGGUGAGCCUUUGGGUCGGUGAGCAGUUUGCGGCAGACCUGAGGACUUGUUUCCACAAGCUUGUCGUCAAAUCGGCUUCCGCGAACAAGAUCCUGGGCCUGUUUGGGCAGCAGUUUCCCAUGCCGCAAACGGGCCACGAAAUCGGCGAGGGCUGGGACUUGAAGGAUUCCAUCGUCUUGAUCGUGAGCCACAGUGGUGGCACCUUUGCCCCACUUGCGAUCUCCAACCUGAUGCAGUCCAUGACCUCCAAUAUUUUUGCCGUCACCUCGGAGUGGGACACGCAGAUCGGGAAGCAGCUGCGCCAGCUGAAUGACCUUCGCGGGCGUGUUUUCAGCACGGAGAUUGGCCUGCGACCAGCCGAGCCUUGCUCCUUGUCUGUGGCUGCAACUCACCAGAUGCUGACGCAGAUCUUGAUCUACGUUGCCAGCAAGGUUGUGGCGAACCGCGAACUGAGCAUCGCAGCAGGAAGCAAGAUCAAGCGCAUUGACCUUGCCGAGCUAGAGAAGAACAACCGCCUGAACGUUCAAGCGCUUCGAGCGAUUGCAGGCAGCGCAGAACAUCACAACAUCGCAAACGAGCUACGUGUUCUUGGCAGACAUUGGGCACAACAUGUUCUGGAGAUUCCACGAGCCUGGAUGCUGUCUGCCCUGUACAUCUUCAUCACUGUCGUAUAUGGCAGUGCCCCGAUGACCUCGGCAACGAAAGCUGGCAUGCAGGGUAGGUUCUUUGAAGAGGAGCUCAUCUAUUUGGCGAAGCUUCUCGAUGCUGCGAUCUACGUGUUCCUGCCUCAAAUCAUGAUCUUUCUCAUCCGCCUCAUGCAGCAGCGGCCUUUGCUGCAUCGCAUGACGACACGGACGGUGGUCAUCGGUGAUGUUCCGUGGGUGGCUCAAGCAGCGGAAUCUUUCCUCUCCAAGCUGAUGGCUUGCACCUACAGCGCCACCGGCCUCACUGUUUUCUCAGCCAAUCCUGCAGACCACUUGGUGCACCGCAUGACCCAUCGAGUGGUCCGAGGGACCCUGCUUGCUGUUGGGCGCCCUGAUGGGCGGCUCACCGCUCUUAGCACAGCGGAGCAGUCCGUUUGCAUGGCUGUGAGCCAGGCGAGCUCAAUCCAGUCCUUGGGAGCUACUUGCGAGAGCGUCACCAUCGGCCACAAUCCGCAUUCUUUGCCUCUCACUGCUCGCGCAGUAUUCCUGGAGGAUGCCCGCCCGCGCUACCUUUGCGAGCACCUGCUCUCCCACCACCAAACUAAAUUGCAAGGUGGCUCUGCCGUCUCCAUCCUGGGAGCCUUCCAAAACCUGGCAGCAGAAGAUGCACAGGAGCCGGCGGAGGUGCAGCAUACCCUGGACCAUCGCCGAACCAGGAUCAUUCAGCAGGCCUUGGACAGGCAGACCCAGGUGGAGGAGAAGGAGCAGGCCCAGGCGGUGGUGGACAGUCUGGAGGUCGACGAGGACGGCUACGUGAAGUUUGAGGAAUGCUGGAGAGGCUUUCAGCUCCUUCGCCAGGACGUCUGCCAAAAAGCGGUCCGGACGAUCUUCCAACGUCUGGAAUCUGGUUGCGGCGGCGUCUCGCGUGCCGACUGCAAGCUCAUCUUCAACAUGCAGAAGUCCAGCUUGCGGUCGUUGGUGGACUUCGAGCAGAUGCAAUUGCGGGCCACUGCUGGACCUGGGGAGGACACAGAGUUCGACUCCGAAUGCACAAAAGUCUACGAGUCCCUGGAAUCCGUGUAUGGCAAGAGGCUCCUUGAUCACACAGCGUCCGUGGCCGAGAGUCUGGAGCUGGCAAAGACGCAGAACAUCUCGAUGCAACUCUACGAAAGCCGGAUUGCGUCCCUUCAGCGUGCGGUGGCCUUCUUUGUGAUCUUCCAUGAGAUGGCUGCAGCAAUUGCUGACUUUUGGUCUUUCGUGAGCUUCGGCUAUAUGGGCUACCGGAUCGACCGAACCCAGUCGAUCAUGCGCGUUGCCACGACCGCCUCGCCGGUGAGCGGAGCAGACGUGCGGCACAUGCUCAUCGAGCUGCGUGUUCAGCGCAGGUUGGCUCGGAUGAAGGUCCUGCUGAGAACUGCGAUCCGCAACUGGCGUCGUCGGAAGAGUCUCCGCAUGCAGUUCGAGCGAAUGUACGAGCUUGGUAAUGCCACGAGGCAGCCUUUUUUCAAGGGUCCUCCUGAGAAUGGUUUACUUCCUGCUGCUGCUCCCCGCAACAGUCGGGCCUGCAGCCAGUUCGCACAGACCCCUGUACAGCCUGUGCACCCAGAAUUGAGUUCCGGAGUCCGUGUGCACGACAUUUAA